AUGCCUAAUACUAUCGGCGACCUUGCUGCGUAUGCAAUAAAGGACCCGACCGUCGCCAUCGUGGACUUCUCCCUGAACAUCUCCCUCGCGCAACUGCUCGAAUUCUACGACUACCCUUUUCCCAAGCCGAGCCUCGUCUUUAUAGUGACGAUUGGUCGUACUAAACCUCGGCUUUGCAGCGGCAAUUAUGGCGCCUGUCGCAUGAUCACAGGACAACACUACAUGCCCAGCUUUGGCAGAAGCAGGGAAUUCGACUACCACGAGCAUGCCGCCUCGGAGAAGGAGGAAAAAAGGCGCCAAUGCCUCUGGCAGGGCUGCAGUUUUGUUGUCCCUCACAGCAUUGAGGGCGAUGAGAUGAUCGCGCGGUCGCUCAGAGGACAUAUGGCCCUGGCGCACUACAAGCAUACCCUUGUCUGCCCAGUGUGCCGCAUUGAACUGGAGAGCACACAGGGGCAGGAAUUCCUCGCGUACGACGUGGUCAAGGAGCAUCUCCUGACCGGACUAUGCGUAGGUCUUGCGAGAAGUGCCAUCAGCACGGGAAGGCCUGUCACUCGGCCGCUUCUACCUGCAAAUUUCCUGGACACAACAAUGUAGAUAAGCG